UCUAGAAUCACUUGUUGACACGGCUCAGGUUAGCGUGCCAGAAACUCUUACAACCAUCGCCCAGCCUCUCUCAACUUUGCGCAAAGCUCAAGACCCGAGAUUGUAUCAAGAAUCAACACCGCCACCAUGCCGCUCCAGUCCCUUGCGAAUGCUAGAGCAGCGACCAAGAAGUCUUCCACGAACGGAGACACAGCCAUCAUGCCGUCCUCUAAGAAUGCUGAAGCUUCAAACAAGACGGAUUUAGGUGUCGGACCAGAGGCGAACAACAACUACAUUCUCGACAUAGCUGUUGUUCGUGGAGAUGAGCGUUGGAAGACCACUCCGGCACCUCGACCCAACGACGAACGUCGCUGCAACGAUGCUGAGCUGGGCACCAAGAAUGACGAGAAUUAUACAAGGGACGAGAUGACUAUGCUCUUGAUCAUCGCCCACAAGCUGGAUCCCAAGGAAGCGCGUGAUUACUCGGGGCUUUCUAAGAAGCUGACCAAGGCCUUUGGAAGGGAGAUGACAUACAAAAGCGUACAGAACAAGUUGUGGGUCCUUGAGAAGACGUGGCCGGAAGAGGUUGCACGCGUCAAGGCACUGUCCCCUAUGCAUCGCUCGGUGCAAAACACAGACAGGUUCCUCAAGCUGGGACUUCCGCUGUGGAUGCCCUACUUACUUCCCCAGAAGCAAGACAAGAGAGUCAAGCACAAAGCAGGAGAAGUGCCAAAGGCUCGUCAUGGAAAGAAGAUCAAGAACGAGCCAGACAUAGACCGGGUCAAGACGGGUCGCGUCGCAAAGGUGUCUCCUCGUCUGACGCCAAAGGCCCGGGGCAUCAAGGACAAGAAUAUUUUCCUCAGACGCUAAAGGCCUCAUUCAUAGCUGCAAGAAGGCUGGACUGAGGUAUGCGCAAGCAUGUCUAGCAUUGCUACUAUGUAGAGCAGCUGAAGCGUGAAGCUAGAGAAAGACGGACGAUGGAAAGUGGCAUGACAAAACGAGGGACGAUUGCAGUGUUCUGCUCAAACCCAUGUAUUGCCGCAGAACAUUAGGAUGUAGAUAGUAAUGAUAACGGCUGCUUUCCAUGUAUAGAUAUGUACAAUG